GCAACAACUACUACUACCGGAGGCGGCCGAUUCACUCUCUCCGUUUGAUGGAACACACACACAUAGCCAAAGGAAAAUUUGCGCUGUAAUAAAAGUACGAACUUCAGGGACUGAGAACAACUGAUUUAAAGAAAAUAAAUAAAUAAAAAAUAGCCUCGGCCAUGGCGACAAUAGGGGAUUUCGACCCACUCAACUCCACCGUACCUGCUACAAAGAUUGAAAUCACCGUUUCUUGCAGGAACCUGUUAGACAUGGACACCUUCUCCAAGUCAGAUCCAGUGGUGGUGUUGUACGUUCAAGGCCUGGGGACAAAGGAGUGGAGAGAGUUUGGCCGGACAGAAGUGAUCGAUAACACACUGAACCCUGACUUUGUUAGGAAGUUUGUCCUUGAUUUCUUCUUUGAGGAAAAGCAGAACCUUCGCUUUGAUGUGUACAAUGUGGAUACUAGGAGCUCCAAUCUUUCCAAACAUAAAGACUUCCUGGGUCAGAUGUUCUGCACACUAGGUGAGAUCAUUGGUUCACCUGGCGGCAGGCUGGAAAGGACUCUUUCUGGUAUUCCUGGGAAGAAGUGUGGAACCAUCAUCUUCACCGCUGAGGAGCUGAGUAACUGCAGAGACAUAGCCACUAUGCAGUUUUGUGCAAACAAGCUGGAUAAAAAGGAUUUCUUUGGCAAGUCUGAUCCUUUCCUUGUCUUCUACCGGAGCAACGAGGAUGGCACGUUUACGAUCUGCCACAAGACUGAGGUGAUCAAAAACAACCUAAACCCUGUCUGGCAGCCAUUUACGAUUCCUGUUCGAGCACUUUGUAAUGGAGACUAUGACAGGACAGUCAAGGUGGACGUUUACGACUGGGACAGGGAUGGGAGUCAUGACUUUAUUGGAGAGUUCACCACAAGCUACAGAGAACUAUCCCGAGGCCAAAGCCAGUUCAAUGUCUAUGAGGUGUUGAAUCCUAAAAAGAAAGGCAAAAAGAAGAAAUACAUCAACUCAGGGACGGUGACCCUGCUGUCUUUCAAAGUGGAGUCAGAGUAUACAUUUGUCGACUUCAUCAGAGGAGGGACACAACUCAACUUCACUGUAGCCAUAGACUUCACAGCAUCCAAUGGUAACCCGUCCCAGCCGACAUCGUUGCACUACAUGAGUCCAUACCAAAUGAAUGCAUAUGCCAUGGCCCUGAAGGCUGUGGGAGAAAUUAUCCAGGACUAUGACAGUGACAAACUCUUCCCUGCGUAUGGCUUUGGAGCUAAACUUCCCCCAGACGGCAAGAUCUCCCACGCCUUUCCACUGAACUUUAACACCGAGAACCCAAACUGUGUUGGGAUUGAAGGUGUACUAGAGGCUUACUUUCAGAGCCUGCGAACUGUUCAGCUGUAUGGUCCAACCAACUUUGCUCCUGUCAUCAACCAAGUGGCUCGGAGUGCUGCAGAAGUGACUGAUGGCUCACAGUACUUUGUGCUGCUGAUGAUCACAGACGGCGUCAUCUCAGACAUGGCUCAGACUAAAGAGGCAGUUGUCAAUGCAGCCUCUCUGCCAAUGUCUGUCAUCAUAGUAGGAGUGGGCCCUGCUGAGUUUGAUGCUAUGGAGGAGCUGGAUGGAGAUGAGGUCAGAGUUUCCUCCAGGGGACGCUUUGCUGAGAGAGACAUCGUCCAGUUUGUUCCUUUCCGGGACUACAUCGACCGGUCAGGGAACCAGGUCCUGAGCAUGGCCCGACUGGCUAAGGAUGUCCUGGCAGAGAUCCCUGACCAGCUGCUGUCAUUCAUGAAGAGUCGGGGGAUUGAACCCCGCCCCCCCCUGCCCGUCACCUCUGACUCCCCCUCAGUGUCCACCACAACUGCAACCAAUAUGUCUACGACCAAGCACUGCAACCCUCACCCCUGAGAGAAGGACAGCAGGCAGAGUGGAGCAAGCUGUUUGGGCAAAGGGAGGUGUGUGUGUGUGUGCAUGUGUGUGUGUGUGCGUGUGUGUGUAGGUGUGUGUUCCGGGGUUUUCAAGGUUGUCUGACAGAAACCAAAUCAGUAAACUGAACCUAAGAAUUCCUUCUGAAAGCACUGACUAUGAGGAUUCCUCUGCAAGACAUGUACAAGAAGCAUAGAGAAUAGAUUUUUAAAUCUUUUUUUAUGUUUCUGAUUUUUUGUCAACAUCUAUCACAAACACUCUCCAGGUAUAACACACAAUUCUGCACAGACACACGGGCUCCAUUCAAAUCUAUUGAUUCCUUUGUGUGUCGUAAUCCACUAUGGACAUUUUAUUGACUUUUCUUGCAAAGGUGGGAAGUCAAAAAAUUCUACUACUGGUCUUGUUCACAGUCUGCCGUAAUAGAAUAAUAAAUGCUGUAGCAGCCAUCUAAACUGAUUUCUAUCAGCUGUAAAGAAAGACACCUCUGAGGGUGAUAUCCUGUCCUUAUUUGCUUAUUCUCAGGGUGUUUCAGUGGCUAUUAAAUCAUGUCUUGGUUCUUGCAACUGAGACCCAAGGAAUACUGGCUCUUUUCUUUUUCUUUUUUAUAUGCUGUCUAUUACUGUAGAAAAUGAAACUUUUGUUUUAGUUUUUCUUUAGCAAAGGCAUGGAAAUUGCUCUCCUUUUCAAAGACACUGUUAGAAGACAGGGCAAGUUUAAAGUUAAAAUCCCCCAUGGACAUGAAGAGAGUUGCUUGUGAGCACCUUCUAAAAGGAGUAAACGUACAAGGGUAUGAAACCAGCCAUCCCCUGCUCCUCUGCACCUGCAGCCGCUGUACAAUUUGAAAAUAUGGAAGGGCAGAUCAUUUCAGCCCUGAUUAAAAAGUCGAACAUAGCCGUGUCUGUGAGCUCUGUCCCCAGUCUUCUUCUAAAUUGUAAAUCUCCUGGCUGUGGCUGUCAUUUGGGAUGAAUCAUGCAUGAGGAAGGUGCCUCUGGUUCUGAAACUGUCUACAGCUUGUACCUGUUUAAAAUGAAAAAGGCCAGAAUACUUCAAAUGUAGCAAAGAAAAUGUGUGGGACAGUUAGGGUCAGCUUUAACUCUGAAUUUUUCCAAGAGUGGGAAACACCAAGAAGAAGAAGAAAUCGAAUGUGAGGUUUGGUACUUAGUGCUGCAUUGUUCAGUGUGCAAACUUUAUCUUCAUCAUGCAUGCUGAGUUCUUGUUUUUUUUCUUCUCAUACCCUGUAUUUUUUAUUUUCCUUGCUUUUGUUGUGUGCAUGAAUGAUUUAAGCAAAAGAGAGCAAGUGCUUGAACAGAAAACCUAAAUCUUUCAUUGGCGGUCCCAAAGAGCCCAACACACUGCAGCUUACAAGUACACAGACAAAACAAAUGCAAGAUUAAAGCAGGAAAAACCAGCUGCUGUGUGGCCAAGAAAUAGGAUAAAAUGCAACAAACAUAUUAAUCAUUAUUAAAAUAUUAUUAUUUGUCAAUUCACUUUUCUCAUGCCUGUUAUGCUCCUGUCUCUGUAAGAGCCCUCUAUCCCUGAAAUUCAGUCUUCUCACUGGCCAUCCUCUGGAAAGUGACGGAAACCACCCAGUGCUUGAGAGCAUUGCUCGAAUUUUGUAGGUGCGACCAUAGAACUGAUGAACUGAUGUCAGCUCAUUGCAAAAUAAACAUUUCCAAGUUCCUUCAAAACUUCGGGAACUGAAAUCUGUUGUCUCGGUUAACCCCCCAUGUAGCCACCACCAUCAGUUUUGCUAAUGCUAGCAAGCUAAUGCUAGCUAGGUUGAGCAAGGUGCAUCGAUUACAUGAAUCAACAAAGACAGCACCGGUUUAGCAGUGAUCCAAGCUCCCUGUAGAUGACACACCUAUUAACCAAAUCAGCACCAACCCUAACUUUAAGUAUUUCCAAAAGGUUGAAUUAAAAAAAAAAGAUGUACUACCAUAGCUAUUAUGAAGGGAAGCCUAUUCAUUCAAGCCUGUUUUUUUCUACUAUACAUGCUUUUUAAUGGUGUAGAGACAGGCAUUUGAUUGUAAGCCCAACAAGGGACACUUGUUGAAAAUUAGCAAUAGCUAUAAACUUAUGUGCGUUACAUCUGUUUCAUGUUUUGUACUUGGACUAUGUUAAACGGCACUAAUAAAUAAAUAAAUUAACAUGGGAGACAGUGAGGUUAGACUUGCUUUUGAAGCCAGCCUCAAGUGGCCAUUCAUGAAACUGCAGUUUUGGUACUUCAGUCCUGGCUUGAUUUUGUUAACCCCAUUGUUUCUGUUUCUGGUGUGUUUAGUUUUCAGUUCAAAGACAGGCUACACAUGAAUGUAAAAAGGUGCACAGUGCUAGAAUUACAAACAAAUAGUUUGUUAGGACUUGUGUCCUGAAACUCCAGCUUAUUGAAGGAAAGAGGAUCUGCCACUGCAUUAGAAAUACUUUUAUCAAACUUGGUAUAUCACUAGCUAAGAAGUGGAGAGACGUAAUGAGACAAGAUGAGGUCAAAUUAAAUAAGAUAUAAGAGAAAAGAAUUUGAUUUUGUGCAGUGUGGGUUCUGUCCAGUAGCAUAUUUGUAUUAGGAUGUGUUUUUAAUUAUUACAAUGGAUUUCUGUAUUUAUUGUAUAUGUUGUAAAAUGGCUCCAUUUCAUUGGUGUUUGUUUUGUCCAUUUUCAUCUAUAUUCUAACAUUUUAGCCUUUUGAGUUUUUGCAACGACAGCAUCUUUACUGUUAGGUGGGCUCUUUUUUUGGUACCACUCCAGAAAACAAAUACUGUGAAGUUACAUCUUUUUUUUUGUCUCUGCCCUUUUUAUGUAGGGUUAGCAACAGUUUUAGAAUGUUCAGCCUGGCUGUGUCGCAAAAACAGAAACAAUAAUAACAACAACGAAUGGAUUACAUGAUAUUUAUCUGGAUUACUGAGUAUUUGUCACAUUGUAUCAGAAGGGAAAUGGACAUGUGGCCUUAUUUCUGUCAUAAUCCUGCAAGUAAGUGUGAGGGAGGACUCUAUUUUUAUAUGACAACACCAGGAAAUAUGUUAUUUUGCAUGCUUAUAUGGCUGUUAUGCUGCUAAUGAUUGUACUAUCUGUAUUCAUAUCUGAAAAAGAUUUCAGACAACAUUCCUCUGUGUGUUUACUUGUGUACUGUGCAGAAUCAAUCCUUCUAUUUCAGACUGCCAGCCUAAUAAUCCAGCACAUAACAGAUAUAUGAAAAGUAGGGUAGAUUUGUAUCGAACAACGUUUAAAACAUGCAUGUUUGUGUUAUGACUAUAUGUAAACAAACCCAAAGUCAACCUGUUGGAUAUUUUUGUAUGAAGCAUGCUGAGCUUUCUACACAGUGUGUACAGGAUGAGGCUAUUAUAUACUGCUCACCAGUUCCAUUUGUUAUGUAGAAGCUGCGUGUAAAUAUGUUAAAGUGUUGUACAGAAUAUUUUGUGAAAUCUUCCUUCUUUCCAUUUUUUCACUCUGUUCCAAAUAUUUAUUUUAUUUUUGUUUCCACUUGUGUUGGUCAAAGUUUUUAAUUUUGUCACUGUUUUCUA